GACCAAAGCGCAUGGCCGAUAAGUGGAACAACGAAGAAGAAAAACAUUCUUUCCUUAAACGGGUAGCGGUAUUCCGGCCACCAAACAUCGAUAUUCGAUUCAUUUACCAUCCGUGAAAUACGUUGCCCGCAACAGCACCGGUCGGAGAGAACCAUGGCUUCCAUAUCCGCCAGCGAGAAGCCGCAGAUGCAGCAGAUCGACCUCAACACACUCAAUCUUCAGCAGUUGACUCAGUUGAAAAACCAGCUGGAUAGUGAGUUGCAAUUAUUCCAAGAAUCGCUCAACACGAUGAAGAUGGCACGCUCAAAGUACUCCGCUUCGAAGGAGGCUCUGGAGAGCUUCAAACCCGACUGGAAUGGUAAACAGAUUCUGGUGCCGCUGACUGGGAGCAUGUACGUCCCGGGUACGAUCAAAGAUGCGAGCAAUGUCAUUAUCGAGGUCGGAACUGGAUAUUACGUGGAAAAUGACGUGGACAGCGCAAAGGCAUUCUUCAAGCGGCGAGUAGAGUACGUGCAGACGCAGAUCGAGAAAAUUGAGCAGCUCGGGAUGGAGAAGUCGAACAUACGAGACGCCAUUCGGGAGGUGAUGGAGAUGAAGCUCGCUCAGUUAAGCAAAGAGAUGCAAAAGAAACGCGAAACUGAAUAGUGAAUCGACUCUCCCGUUUUCGCCC